GCGGCCUCACGUGACGGGCGCCGCCGGCUGCGGGGUCUCUUUCUCGCCGCGGGCGCAGCGCCGGGACCUGCUGCCCUCUCGCCAGCCCGGUCAGUCCCCGGCCCGGCCCAACCGCCCCCGCCCCGCCCGGCUCCCGCUCGCGCCCAUGGCGGCCCCCGGCGGCGCCCGGCGACGGCCGCUGCUCCUGCUGCUGUUCGCAGGCCUCGUGCACGGCGCAUCGGCAGUGUUUGUGGUGAAGAAUGGCAACGGGACCGCCUGCAUCAUGGCCGACUUCUCUGCCACCUUCCUGACCAGCUACGACACCAAGAGUGGGCCCCAGAAGGGAGCUCUGCAGGACUUGUCCAUGGAGCUGCCUCUCAUUGUAAAGAUUCGUCCGGGCACCUUUGAAUUUCUACUUCGCUUUUUUUGGAACAAGUCCUUUGACCUCCCAGUUGGUGCGGAAGUGUCAAAUAGCAGCUCUUGUGGAAAAGAGAAUGCUUCUGACUCCAGUCUCGUGAUCACUUUUGGAAGAGGCCACACGCUGACCCUCAUUUUCACCAGAAAUGCAACACGUUACGAGGUCCAGCUGAUGCGCUUUGCUUAUAACUUGUCAGACACAGACACUUUCCCCAAUUCGAGCUCCACAGGAGUCAAGACUGUGGCGUCGGCGACCGACAUCAAGGCCGACAUCAAUAAGACGUACCGGUGUGUGAGCGAGACUCAGGUCAACAUGGACAGCGUGACGGUCACGCUCCGAGACGCCACCAUCCAGGCCUACCUGUCCAGCAGCAACUUCAGCAGAGAGGAGACGCGCUGUGCACAGGACCUGCCCACUCCAACCACGCCACCCCAGCCCACGCCCAGCCCAGCCCCCGCGAGCCCCGCCGUGUCCAGGUACAACGUUUCUGGCAGUAACGGGACCUGCUUGCUGGCCAGCAUGGGGCUGCAGCUGAACGUCACCUACAGGACGGUGGACAGCAAGACGGUGACCAGAGAGUUCAAUGUCAACCCCAACAAGACCACCUUCGGGGGGAAUUGCUCCGCCACGCUGGCAACUCUGGAGCUCCACAGCGAGAACCUCCUGCUCCUGGCGCUCCAGUUCGUGAUGAACGAGAGCUCCAGCAGGGUCUUCCUUCAAGGAGUCCAGCUGAACCUGACCCUGCCCGACGCCAAAGAAGGCAGCUUCACGGCCACCAACAGCUCGCUGAGGGCGCUGCAGGCCACGGCGGGGAACUCGUACAAGUGCAACGCCGAGCAGCGCCUGCAGGUCACUAGCACCUUCUCCCUCAACAUGUUCCGAGUGUGGCUGCAGGCCUUCCGUGUGGACGGGGACAAGUUUGGGCCUGUGGAGGAGUGCCAGCUGGAUGAGAACAGCAUGCUGAUCCCCAUCGCCGUGGGCGGCGCCCUGGCGGGGCUGGUCCUCAUUGUGCUCCUCGCCUACCUGAUCGGCCGGAAGAGGAGCCACGCCGGCUACCAGACCAUCUAGCCGCGGGCACAGCCCCGGCCGCUUCCCUGGGCUUAGAUCACUGUCGGGGGCACUUCCUUGCAAACUGGUUUUCAAAUCUGCUUUAUCCAACAUGAAGUUCAUCUGGCAACACUUACUAUGCACAAGAGAGUAACUAUGGAAAUGAUGGUGUUAAUUUUGCUAACUGGGUUAACUAUUUUGCUAACUGGUUAAACGUUAAUAUUUACCAAAGUAGGACUCUUAAGGGGGUGGGGGGGUAAGAGCUUUUCUAAAUGGGCACAGGCUCCACUUUGGUUUGGCUUCUCGAGACCCUGGUGUUGGGGCUUUUCACUCAGACACAAGCCUCACAGAGGGAGGGUCUGGUCCAAGGCUUUGGUGAAGGCGGCGGCCGAGUGGUGAGUGUGGAGGGCGAGACGCAGACCUGGCUCCUCAGUUCAAACUCGGCACCCGGCCCAGCCCGCAAACCUCAGGGUGCCCGGCGUUGGGUCCUGGGCCCCACGCUUUGCCUCUUGAGAGCUGGCACUUUUUAAAAUAGAAAAAUGGGUGUUAUUUUUACUUUUUUGUAAAGUGAUUUUCCGUUUUCUGUUGGAGGUUUGGGGUGAUCCUCUGUCCGCACCGUGUUCAGUAGUCGUUCUGCUCUGCUCAUCACUUGCAGCUCAGUGGGCUAUGUGCCAAGGAUCCCCUCUGGGACGCGAUGCCGUAACGAUGCUAAUAAAACGUGUUUGUCUGGGC